AUGGCAACUAACAUAUCCUAUGACGGUCCCAACUCUGGGCUUCAGAUUGGACACAAUCAUGGCGAUAUCACUGCACACUUCUCACAAUCUGAAACCUCGUUGAAUCAAGCAUGUCUUCGGGAUCUGCGAACGACUAAUCCUGAUGAUGACAAAGAACGUAUUGAAAAGACAAACGGGGGGUUGUUUCAAGACUCAUAUCGGUGGAUUUGGGACAACGAGCAGUUCAGACAAUGGCAAGACAACAAGAGCGGCCGUCUCCUCUGGAUCAAGGGCGAUCCAGGAAAAGGGAAGACAAUGCUUCUGUGCGGGAUAAUUGAUGAAUUGACCCGAUCUAUCGAGAAUGACGCAAAUAUAUGCUUCUUUUUCUGCCAAGCUACCGACGUGCGAAUCAAUCAUGCGACGGCCGUUCUUCGGGGUUUAAUAUAUUCGCUAGUCGAGAGGCAGCCAUCUCUUCUCUCUCAUGUACGGAGCCGGUACGAUCAAGCGGGAAAGACGCUGUUUGAGGACAUAAACGCAUGGAAUGCUCUCUCGAAGAUCUUUGGAAACAUCUUGAAAGAUCCUACAUUACACGACACUUAUUUUGUGAUCGAUGCACUAGACGAAUGCAUGACAGAUCUUCCUUUCCUUCUGGACUUGAUUGGUCAAUUGCCAGCCACCCACUCGCACGUGAAGUGGAUUGUUUCGAGCCGUAACUGGCCUAGUAUCGAAGAGCGUUUUGAUACUGCAAUUCAGGCAGCGCCGAUCUCAUUGGAACUAAAUGAGGCGUCUAUAUCUAACGCCGUGCAGAAAUUCAUCCGGCACAAAGUUUACCAAUUAGCGAAGGUCAAAAAAUAUCAGGAUGAUGUACGCGAUACGGUAUACCGCUAUAUGUUGUCUCACUCCCAAGGAACUUUCCUGUGGGUGGCACUGGUUUGUCAAUAUCUUAAUAGAACAUCGCGGAGACAUGUGCUUAAAAAGCUUAAGGAGUUUCCUCCUGGGCUGGAUGCGCUAUACGGUCGAAUGAUUGAUCAGGUUCAAAAGUCAGAAGACGCUGAUAUUUGCAAGCGAAUACUGGCUGUUAUGUCGAUGGUGUAUCGGCCUGUCAAUCUUGAGGAACUAAUCACCCUAAUUGAAAUGCCCGAUGAUCUCUCUAAUGAUCAUGAAGGUUUAAUGGAGAUCAUCGCGAUCUGCGGAUCCUUUCUGACAUUGCGUGAGAAUAUUGUUGUUUUCGUACAUCAGUCUGCAAAGGAAUUUUUACUCGAACGGGCGCGGAUCGAAGUGUUUUCAGGAGACAAUGAAGACGAACAUCUUGCAAUUUUCUCACGAUGUUUACAAAUUAUGUUUGAGACGCUUCGGCGAAACAUCCUCGAAACUGAGUUUGGUGGAAUAUCGACUGAUGAAAUAAAACGACAAGGCCCGAAGUCUUUAGCCGCCGCAAAAUACGCAUUUUUGUUUUGGGUUGAUCAUCUUCAGCGAGGAUGGCGUGGUGAAAAUAACGAUCACAGCCUUAGCGAUGGAGGAAACGUUGAUGGUUUUCUGGAGCAAAAGUAUCUCAAUUGGCUUGAAGUUCUCGGUAUUUUUGAAAGCGUACCAGAAGGCAUAAGGGCUAUGCUGAAGCUGAAGGACUUACUUCGGGAAAAGGGAAACUCACGGACCCUCCAAGAUCGAGCUCAAGAUGCGUCCCGAUUCAUUCAAUACUACAGCCAAGCUAUCGAAAGCUGCCCCUUUCAAGUAUACAGUUCAGGGCUUAUAUUUAGCCCUAAUCAAAGUAUCACGAGGACAUGUUACCAGAAAGAGAAACCAGGCUGGAUUUUGAACAGCCCCGCGGUGGAUGAAACAUGGAGUUUAUGUCUUCAAACUCUCGAGGGGCAUAGUAACUCCAUUAACUUGAUCGUCUGGUCACCAGAUGGAAGUCGACUCGCAUCAGCGUCAAUUGAUAAAACUGUCAGGAUCUGGGAUUCAGCUACCGGCCAAUGCUCGUCAACUCUCGAAGGCCAUAGUGACUCGGUAAACUCGAUUGCCUGGUCAACAGAUGGCAGCAAAAUCACAACAGCGUCGGGUGAUAAGACCAUCAAGAUCUGGGAUCCGGCUACCGGCCAGUGUGCGUCAACCCUUCAGGGGCAUAGUGAUUGGGUCAACUCGGUUGCUUGGGCUCCCGAUGGAAGUCGGCUUGCAUCAGCGUCAGAUGACAAGACCGUCAGGAUCUGGGAUUCAGCCACCGGGUAUUGUGGUUUAACCCUUCAUGGGCAUGGCAACUGGGUCAACUGGGUUGCCUGGUCGCCGGAUAGAAGCAGACUCGCAUCAGCGUCUAAUGACAAAACCAUUAGGUUAUGGGAUGCGAUUACUGGGCAGUGUGAAUUAACCCUUCGGGGGCAUAGUACCUGGGUCAACUCGGUUGCAUGGUCACCAAACGGAAGUCGACUCGUAUCAGCGUCGGAUGAUGCGACUAUUAGGAUAUGGGAUCCGGCUACCGGGCAGUGUGCGUCUCUCCUUAAGGGACACAGUGGCUCGGUCACGUCAAUUACCUGGUCACCUGAUGGAGGUCGACUUGCGUCAGCGUCGGAUGAUAAGACCAUCAGGAUCUGGGAUGCCGCCACCGGCCAGUGCGCAUUCACUCUCGAGGGGCAUAGCCGCUCGGUUCAGUCGAUUGCCUGGUCACCUAACGGACGCCGACUCGCAUCAGUGUCGGAUGAUACGACUGCCAGAAUCUGGGACAUGACCACCGGGGAUUGUGCCUCAACUCUUCAAGGGCAUAGGUCGGAUGAUAAGACUGUCAAGAUAUGGGAUUCGGAUACCGGCCAGUUCGUGUCUGCCCCCGAAGGCCAUAGCGAGGCAGUCACCUCAAUUGCCUGGUCACCAAAUGGAAGCCGACUCGCAUCAGCGUCGAGCGAUAAAACUGUCAGGAUCUGGGAUCCUUCCACCGGCAAGUGUGCAUCGACCCUUCAAGGCCACAGUGACUCAGUAAGGUCAAUUUCCUGGUCACUUGAUGGAAGUCGACUCGCGUCAGCGUCGGAUGAUACGAUCGUCAGUAUCUGGAAUCCGGAUACUGGCCAACGUGCAUCCACCCUCGAAGGUCAUAGUGGCUCGGUCACGUCGAUCGCCUGGUCGCCCAGGGGAAACAUACUCGCAUCAGCGUCAGGUGAUAAGACCGUGAGGAUAUGGGAUCUGGCUACCCGCCAGUGUAUGUCAAUACUUCAAGACCAUGGUAAUUGGGUCAGCUCGAUUGCCUGGUCGCCAGAAGGAAGCCGACUAGCAUCAGCGUCAUACGAUAACAGCGUCAAGAUCUGGGAUGCGGCCACUAGCCAGUGCACGUUCACACUUCAGUUACAUAGCCAGUGGGUCAACUCGAUUGCCUGGUCGCCGGAUGGAAGCAGACUCGCAUCAGCGUCGGGUGAUAAGUCGGUCAGGAUCUGGGAUCCGGAUACUGGCCAGUGCGCAUCUACUCUCGAAGGGCAUAGUCUUUCGGUUCAGUCGAUCGCCUGGUCGCCAGAUGGAAGCCGGCUGGCAUCAGCGUCCUACGAUGACACCGUCAGAAUCUGGGAUCGGGCCACCAGCCAGUGCACGUUCACCCUUGAUAUUCACUCACCUAACUUCCUCCAGUUUGAUAAAGCUAUGCCCGAAAAUCUUCAAACGAACGUUGGUACAUUUAAUCUAGGAUCCUCAGACCCUGUUGCUUCUAAGCCCCACUGUUUGACCCUGUUCGAAACACAUGGAUAUGGCUUGAGUGAUGACUCUUGUUGGAUUACCUAUAAUGGACUCAACCUGUUAUGGCUGCCAGCUGAAUACCGAUCAUCCGAUCCCUCUUUGUUCGCUAAAUUUGCACCAACAGUGGCAAUUGGUUGCUCAUCAGGUCGUGUCAUAUUCCUUGUAUUGGCAGAGUACAAUCAUCUAUCCACAAUGUGAUUAGCAAUCUAGCCAUUGAAUAUCUCUUUGCCUUCCUAUCCCAUUGUCAUUAGCUCUGAGCACUCUUAAAGCUCUAGACUAGUCUCAUGAUGCUUUGUGUCCAAAUCCGGCAACAACUUAUUCCUUGGGUCGUGGGUAACCAGCUAGUGUUCAGUGCUAGCACUGAUCAACGCCCGCAGUUUUCUGAUGGAGUACAUAACAGCACCUUCCCAGGAACCAAAAAGGUCCUCAAGUCACGUGCAUUUCCCAAUACCCCAG